AUUAGAAAAAUGGAAAAAUUUGCAAAUCAAAUUGGAUUUUUGGUAUUGAAAGAAGACGGCGCUGUACUGGAAUCCGGGGGUGAACUAGAAAAUGAUGAAAGAAGUGCCAAUAUAUUCCUAGAUCUUAUUAAUUUGACCGAAAGUGUCGAUGAGAAUUUUAUGCCAAACAGUAGCUGCGAAAGAAUUUCCAUAGUCUAUGAGGAUCAUAGCUAUAACAUUUGUAUGUCCAAUCGUCGUAUUUAUAUUGUUAAAUUGCGCAAUGGUUCCGCAGCGGCAAACAGUCGUCUGGGUGGAGUUGCGUCCAACAGCAGUGUUUAUGUUGAUGCCAACGAGGGCAAUAUGAGCUCAACCGGUGCCGCUCUGCUUACUUGAGGAGAAUCAAGCACUGUCUGUUGCGUAUUCUGCGCCCAUAGCAUUCGCCGCCAGCGCAGUCCCAUGGCGGACAGUGCUUGCCUCCCCACACAAAAUACCAAGGAUCAUCGUUCACGUCGCUUCAAUUGGAAAACGCCAUUUAUUUAUUUGAUAAUUUUGUUUAUUUGUCAGAGAAUACACCAUCUUUAAUAUCAUAUUCAGUAAA